AUGGCCCAUGGAAUCAUCAAUCGAAAUCCCUUCUCUCGACCCAAGAUCCGCGACUUUCAACCUUCUACUGAGCCUCAAGAUUUCACAGGGUCAACAAAUUCGACGCUCAAUGGCACAUUCAUACAACCCAUCAUACCUACUGAUGCACAUUUCAGUGUAUCUGAGGCCCAAUUAUCCACAGCCUUGGCGUGCGUUGGUGGCCCAAGACCAACAGGCAAACCAGGUGGUGUGAUUUUGUUGGUACAUGGUACCUACUCUGCACCAAGUAUCGUGUGGUUUGAAUCGGCAUAUGUGAAGGUCUUACCAAAUCUUACGCCAACCUACGAUGUUUGCUACGUUGCCUUACCUGGAUUCGCUUUGGAUGACAUUCAAAUCUCAGCGGAAUAUGUUGCGUAUUCAAUUAUGACAUUAGCUAAGCAAGCUAAUAGUGGAAAAGUGAUGAUCGUAUCUCAUAGUCAGGGCGGACUUGGUGUUCAAUGGGCCCUAACCUUUUGGCCUUCAACACACAAUUUGGUUGAAUUUUUCGUGUCAUUAGCCGGUGAUUUUAAAGGUAGUACUCUAGCCAAAUUGGUCUGUUUGAUUAGAUGUCCAAUCGCCCUCUCACAACAAAGAUCAGAUUCAAAAUUCAUUGCAGCUUUAAAUUCUCAAAAUGAUACAUUUAGUGGAGCUGUUGCAAGAGUUCCUACUUUUUCAUUCUUCACGACUGCCGACGAUGUGGUUAAACCACAAAGUCCAGGUCCCAAAGCCUCCAGUAAUCUCACAGGAUCAUACGCAAUCCCCAUUCAAUCUUUUUGUGGAAAGAAUUAUGAUCUGAAGCAUGUUGGAAUGACCAAGGAUGCUACGAUUUAUAAUAUGGUCUUAGAUGUGAUCAUAAACAAGUCAUUCGACCCUUCACGCAUCAACAUGAUCUGUCGUUUGCCGAAGACCAAUGGAGGAUCCCUCACAUCCUUGCCUAGUAGUAACUCAUCAUCCCGCUCAACAAAUCAAGAACCGGAGUUGCAGCCCUACGUGUGCGCUAGAAGAUAUGCAACUCAAUGCAAGACUUAG